CAAUACUCAAGCCUAGAUCGACACACGCAGACCAAUGGCGGAGGCUGCUGCCGGCAGGGACAAGAUCACGGACGCCACCGCGGCCCUGUUCGCCGACUCCGCCAAGAUCCCCGAGAGGUUCAUCCGGACCAACGAGGUCCAGGCGGCCGGCACGGUCGUCGUCGGCGAGGGCGAGGCGUCGUCCGAGCUGCCGGUGGUGGACAUGGCGCGCCUCCUUGAUCCGGAGCUGUCGGCGCAGGAGACGGCGAAGCUCGGCUCCGCGUGCAGAGAGUGGGGUUUCUUCCAGCUCGUGAACCAUGGGGUCGAGGAAGCGGCGGUGCAGCAGAUCAAGGACAGUGUCGCGCAGUUCUUCAGCUUGCCGCUGGAGGCCAAGAACACGGUGGCGGUCCGAGAAGGAGACGGGUUCGAAGGAUUCGGCCACCACUUCAGCGGACGAGCCUCGACUGAUAAGCUGGACUGGGCGGAGUGUCUACUCCUCUUCACGCGGCCAGUCCAAAUAAGGAACAUGGAUUCCUUCUGGCCGACGAACCCACCCACAUUCAGGCACGCGCUCGACAAGUACUCGGUGGAGAUCGAGAAUCUCGCGAGGCGCCUGCUGAGCUCCAUGGCGGUCGACCUUGGCGUCAGCCAGGAGGCGCUCCUAGGCGCCUUCUUCUUCGGCGACGACGGCGCUGCCGGGAAGGGCCGCCAGAGCGUGUCCAUGCACCACUACCCACCGUGCCGGCACCGGGACACCGUGGUGGGCAUCUCGCCGCACACCGACACCCUGGGCCUGACCCUGCUGCUCCAGGUCGACGACACGCCGGGCCUGCAGGUCAAGAGGGGCGGCCGGUGGUUCCCCGUGCGGCCGCUGCCGGGCGCCCUGGUCGUCAACGUCGGCGACGCCCUCGACGUCCUCACCAACGGCGCCUACGCCAGCGUCGAGCACAGGGUGGUUCCGGACGCCGAGGGGCGCCGGGUCACCAUCGCGAUGUUCCAUGACGCGUGCGUUGACGGGCGGGUGGCGCCGCUGCCGGAGCUCCUCAGGGGAGGCGAGGUGCCAGCACGGUACAAGUCCAUCGGGAAACUCGAGUACACGAAGCGCAGCGCCGAAGCAUUGGCCCAAGGGAGACGGUUCCUGGACAGCCUGAAGGCGUAGCUUAUUCAAGUUCAGGGUGCCUCCCAUGCAUUCCCAUAGAGUAAAACAUAUCCGCGGAAGGUCUAUAGCAUAAUGGUUACGAGAGAUUCAAUAGCACAUCAUACAGGGUUCGACUCCCCGUGAGAGUGAAUAUUUUAAUGGCGUUGUGCUUACGCGUCAUUUCAGUCGAUAGCGAGAUGCCUGUAAUGACUUCGUCAAUCUCGAGAAUUUGUCAGCUCAGUUUUCAAAAAUACUCAUAUGUGUUUAUGAGUGUAUGAGUUGUUCUGUGUGUAAUCUAAAAAAAAGAGAUAUCCUGAUGGGUCAAAAUCAAAUCAACUUGAAUUGGGUUAUAAUUUAUUUAUAUUGAAUUCGAUGCCGUGAACU